AUGUUUCAGGUAGUCGUACAUCGGUAUUGGCAACAAGAAAGUUACUGGAGAGCCAAUAUCACCUUUCUAGAAUGCCCAUCGAUAUCUGACAGCAAAUAUUGGACGCCAUUGGAAAUGAAUCCUGCCACAUUUGCUCACACAAGUCAUAGUAUCCAAGAUCUAAAAACUGCUUCCGGGGAUAUGCUAUUCUGCGCAUUCUCCCAUGCGUAUACCGCCAUAUCCGAGACCGCAAAUCGCUGGAAGAAAAUGCUGGAAUGUUUCGGCCAAUUUAUUGGUGACAAGCUCGCAUUCUUAGAUCCUGAAUAUCACGACAAGUUGCUUUCCGACGACGAAGUUCUUUCGCGGUCCAAAAAGUAUUUCUGGGCUGUCUCUGCGCUAAAGGGGUUCCGUACGAGUAUAUCACGGAACAUCUUGCAGAUCAAACAACUGUUAGAGCAAGAAACGAGCGAAAUUACGACUGAAGAAGGGUUGGAGGGACUUCGACGAGUACGUGCCAUGUUAUGUAGCGAACUUCGAAAGAUAGAAAAUAUAGCGUCGAAACUGGAGACCAAGCAGGAAGAAGCCACAUAUUUCAGAGAUGGAUCUACAUGGAAUAUCGAUGCUUCCUUCGACUACCUGAAUCUUCUUCUCGCGGUCAAUAUCCUCGCCGCUGCCACCUACUUUCUGGGUUACAAUGCGCAUUAA